AACUAAGUACUAACAGUUUGCACUUGAAAAGGCAACAAAAUUACAGAGAAUUUAUAUAAGCUCUCUCUCUCUCUCUCGGUUUCUUCUUCUUCUUAGCUUCUUCAUUCUGCUAUGGAUGUUAUCUCCACCGCUAUUAUUUGGUGCAACCUAACAUGGCAGGUUUAUUCUCUCUAGGUCCACAUCAUAGCAAACAAGAAGAACAAGAUCAAGAAGAAAACAACAACAACAACAGCAACAUCCAAUUGCUAUUGAGAAACGAAGAGAUCUACACCAACAGCAGCACCACCAACACCAACACCAACAGAGGGUUCGAGAUAUGGCCUCAUCAUCAUCAACCAAGCUACUACUCCUUCGGUUUGGGUCCGUCUAGCGAGAGAAACACCACCACAAACCUAAACGACGACGUUUCGGUGUCUUUCUCUGAUGAGUCUAACCGGUUCGGGUUCACCGUCAUGAGAUCUUCUUCUUCCGGAUCGGGUUUAGGAAGCGGCACCAAUUGUCAAGACUGCGGUAACCAAGCCAAGAAAGACUGCGUCCACCUUCGCUGCCGAACCUGCUGCCGAAGCCGAGGGUUUCAAUGUUCUACUCACGUUAAAAGCACCUGGGUUCCUGCUGCCAAACGACGCGAGCGCCAACACACUCUCGCGUCGUUACAGCAGCAGCAACCGGGGAGAGCAGGAGAAGGAGAAGGAGGAGGCGGCGAUGUUCACUCUAGACGAACUAGAGAAGCCUCCGCCUGUGUUCCCAUGCCGAUUACCACUACAGGGUUGGAACUAGGGCAAUUCCCUCCGGAGUUGAACUCACCGGCGGUGUUCCGGUGCGUCAAAGUCAGCCCAAUGGACGCACCUGAUGAGAGGUACGCGUAUCAAACGGCUGUCAAUAUAGGAGGCCAUGUUUUCAAAGGGAUUCUCUACGAUCAAGGUCCAGAUGGUCCUUUCGCCACCAAUGCCGCCACCGCCGGCGAAGGCUCCUCCCACGGAGGAGCUGAGCCUCAUCAUCAACAACUGAGUCUCAUAACAACCACCACCGGUGCCGGCAUCACAUUUGACCCUUCACAGCUUUAUCCGGCGCCGAUGAACGCUUUCAUGGCCGGUACGCAAUUCUUUCCGCCCCCGAGAACCUAGAUUCUAGAAUCCAAGCCUUAACAGAGUAAUGUUAUUUGAAUAUAAUAAACAGAUAUAUCAUAGUCAUAAUAAGAAGAGAGAAAAAAUGUUUUUUCAAUUUCAAUACUCACAACAUUGUAUUCAUUUUCUCCUCUCUCUUCUUAUAUUUAUGUUACGGUAGAAACUCAGGUUCAGUCAAUUUCACGUGAAGUUGAUAGGUGAGAGUCGUUAGAUGGUUUAACUAAUUUGACUAAAUUUUCAUCUAAUGACUCUUAACUAUUAACUUCACAUGAAGUCGAUUGCACCUGAGUUUCUACGUUAUGUUAUAUCUAGUUUCUAUGUUCAAAUAUUAUUAUUAGAGUGUGUAUCCCUCUCCCUUUGAAUAAUUUAAAUUGGAGUCUCUACUAGGAUUAUAUAUUAUGUUUCUUGAUGGGAGGUAUAUUGUUGUUCCAAGUUAUUAUAACAUUAUUAUUAUUGAGCUCAAUGCAAGUUAUAUAUAUAUUGUAGCUUCUAGAGAGCUAUAGAGAGCAGUUAAGAAGUGUUCACAAAUGAUUAGGACCAUGAUGAUCAUUUCAGAGGGUGCACGAAAUUAAAGGGUCCCCUUGUGUUUCUUUUGUUUUUGUCUUGUCCCAAUCUCACUUCAGAUUUUCAUGGUGCCAAAUACUAAAUUCUUAUAUCUUAUCGAAACUCUCAACC